CACUAUUUAACUUCCCUUUCCCCUCAUCAAAAAACACACACUUUCUUUCCAUUUUCCAAGCCAUGUCAACCUCAAGAACCUCUGAUGCUUCCCUCAAAGGAUAUGAGUCCAACCAAACCCAAAUGAAUCUGUCCCUCCUUCAACGUAACAUGUCUCCUUCUGGCGAGAGAAGAGGCCGAGGAAAACAAGCAGAACCUGGAAGGUUUCUCGGAGUAAGAAGGCGCCCUUGGGGUAGAUAUGCUGCUGAAAUCAGAAACCCUUUAACUAAAGAAAGACAUUGGCUUGGAACAUUUGACACUGCUCAAGAAGCAGCUCUUGCUUAUGACAGAGCUGCUCUGUCCAUGAAAGGAUGCCAAGCAAGAACCAACUUCAUAUAUUCCAAAGACACCAAUACCAACAUUUUCCACAAUGCUCUCACUCCUAUGAAUACUCAACCUCUCUUGCCACCUUCACAUAACACUCACAACACACAACCAACCAAUCAAAGUGGCCUAUCUCACCACCUUGGUGCUAUCUCUUCCCACAUUGAAAACCCUUCUGACAUGAGUGCAUAUGGGUCACCUCAGGAUGAUAAUUUCUUCUUCUCCAAUGAUUCUAACUCGGGCUAUCUUGAAUGCAUAGUUCAGGAUAACUGCUUCAGGAAGAGCAAUGCCAGUGCUUCAAGUCAUGACCUUACGAUUGGCCACGUUAACUCAAACUCCAUGCAUGUUCAGCCACAUUUUGACACCACUCAAGAAGCCUUGAACAUGCAAACAACAGUGACUUCAAACUAUGCAGAUAUUUCUUACCCUAGUCAAGGAUUAUGGAACAAUCAGCAAUCAUGGGAUUGCAGUUCCAAUGAACUAGCAGCUAUGUUUAAAAAUCCAUCAAGGGCUGAGGAAGGGUACAUGUGCAUGAAUGCAUUAAUGUAUCCCUUCACUGAUAGUUCAAGCUACGGUUUUAUGACUCAGGCUGAGGCUGUUUCUUCAACUACCUUUUCUCCAUCACUUCCUCCCUUUGGGGAUGCUGAUUUGGGAUACUCACCCUUUUGAGCUGGGGUUAGGUAAAGUACAUUUUAUUAAAAAGGGGUGUCUGACAAGAAAUUAUUACAUGGUGUCGAACUAUCGUAUGAAUUUCUCUGUGAAACGUAAUCGAAUUUUAGUAACUUUUUUUUGUAAACUAAAAAAUUGGAUUAUAUGUUACGUGGAGAUUGAUCACACUAUGGCCACGUGGUACUUGCAUGCAGUUUUGGUACGUCUGUCAGGUAACUUUGGUCUUGGAAGCAAGAGGUCUUUUAUUCUUGUAAUGUAAUUACUGAACUGCACACAUAUAUAUGGGGUGAGCUCUUUUUGGUUCUACGAUGUUGAAAAAAACUUUAGUACCUCUGUACCAGCUCACUACUCUU